AUGGCGGAGUUACCGUUCUUCUCUUCCCAAGGAAGCCACUAUGAAGCUCAUCAGAUACUGCCAGACCAGGAGAAUAUCGCCUCUUCGCCGCUUACCAGGACUAGAAGCCCCCAAGGACCUACAUCGAGCUCUUUGAAGCCUAGGAAACCGCCGACUGUCACACCGAAACGAUUCACCAAGUUCUUCGCCCCUCGACACACUCUCAAAACUCGUGGUGCUCGCCAAAGCAAAGCUGGCAGGCAACUUCGUGACAUCACCAAGAAUGGUGUCAAUCGCAGACGGCAGCAGAUGCCGGUCAAGGACGAGAUGUUGCAGCAUCUGGAGAAUGAUGAGCUCGCCACACGACCUCUGAAGCGACGGAAACGAUCUAUCGACCUGGCGAGCUCUCCGCCGCAGUCCUCGCCACUGAAGCAUGUACAGAUUUCCAGCGAGAUCGAGAUUUUCCAAGACGAGCCGGUGUCAACACAGGUUUCGGAUGACGAGGAGCUGUCUGAUCUACUACAAGACUUUCAGCCAUUUCCCGAGCCCAUUCGACGACUUCCGUACAACGGCCGAUCACGCAGUAUCUUGCAACGCAGCUUUGGAGGAUAUGAUGCGCUGAGCUGUGGGUGGCGAGGUGCCGGCCAUGGCGUCGACUGGCAAGCAGAGACUGCGAACUUUGUCACUACAUCUACGGACGUUCACAGCUUCCACGCAGGAACAGCUCUUCCCUUCUGCUCAGCGAGCUGUCACACCAACUCGCUGGUUGCCAUUGGUGACGAGGAGGGGAGCAUUCGCUUGGUCGACUCCGCCGCUACUUCCGACUUCUCACAGGCUCAUGUCAAUUUCCGUGUACACCGCAAUGCUGUCAUGGACGUGGCUUUUAGCUCAGACGACUACAUGCUUGCGACCGCUAGUGGCGACCAGACUAGCCGGAUCGUGGACAUGCAUACUCAGCAAACCAUCUGCGUGCUGACUGGGCACAACAGCAGUGUGAAACAGACUCGAUUUCAGCCUAACGAUGAUAACGUCAUGACCACAAGUAGUCGAGAUGGCACAGUGCAAAUAUGGGACUUGAGAUGUGCAGAACGGGGAUCUAUGCAGAGCUUACGUCUAGGUCAACGGAAAGGUCUUAACGAAGAUGGCGGUGCCGAGCCGUCUGUCAGAUAUCCACGACAUGGCUUGAAGAACUCGGAGGACAGUGCAGUCUCUGUAACUGCUAUCGAGCAUCUUUCGAACGGCCGCGAGCACCUCCUCGUCACGGCAAGCGAGCUCAGUGCCUCGAUCAAACUCUGGGAUCUACGGAACGCUGGUCGACGAGAUCCUGUACCACUGGGCUCCACUUCUCUGCCAGAAAGCCAUCGACGAACCCGAAACUUCGGUAUCAGCUCAAUGGCCUUGUCCGGCGACGGCGCAAGGCUGUAUACGCUGUGCAAGGACGCCACGAUAUAUGCGUAUUCCACCAACCAUCUCAUGACUGGGCACGCGCCCGAAUUGACAUCUCGUACAAGCCGACGACGGACUCUGCAUGAACCAAAGGCUUCUGUAGGGCCGCUGUAUGGCUUUAAGCACACUAAGCUUUCGGCUGGGAGCUUCUAUGUCAAGCUAGCUAUGCGGCCGGUGAAGGGCGACAAGAGCGAGUUGCUUGCUGUGGGUAGCGGGACGGGUGCACCGAUCUUGUUUCCAACAGACGAGCGGUACAUACUCAGCAGAGACCGUCGAAGCGCAGCAAGUGAUACGGAGGAGAGCGAGGACGACGAGCUCACGCCGCUACCUUCACAGACACGCAAGCAGGCCCCUGACGACUUGCGGAUCGGAGAACAAGGCACGCCGCUCAUACGAGGGCACCAUAAAGAGGUCACCUCUGUAACAUGGACGCACGACGGCGAGCUCGUGAGCAUCAGUGACGACUUCACCGCUAGAUGCUGGCGUGAGAAUGCAGAGAAGGCACGGGAGAUGCGUGGAUGUGGUGAGGGUGGAGGGUCAAGAUGGGGACAUGGAUGGGCUGAGGUUGACAAUCAGUGGGAUCAGGACGAUGGCUGA